AUUAGAAUAGAUGAAAUUGAAAUAAUUUAUAUUAAAGGCGUAAAUAUGAAAUAAAAUAAUAAAUACCAAUCAACUCUUAUAAGUUAAACUUUCAUUUUGAAACUGUACCAACUAUAUACAAGAAUGUACUCAAUGAAAUCGUGAUGGACAAGUUGGUUCAUUUAUACUGGCUGUAGUAAUAUAAAUAUAAAUAAAUAUCGAAUAUAUAAUGAAGGAAUGAAUUCAUCUUUAAUUAUUCAAUGGUUUCUCAGUUGAAUUGAUAACUGGACAAAUGGAUGAAGAAUUUGUUGAAACAGCUAAACUCAACCGUACUAUAGAUGAUGUUAAUAUGCCAGCAGUGACUGCUAGCUUAGAAAUGUUAACAGUAAAUACUAAUUUACAUUCAAUGUCAGAAAAUAAAAGGAAUCUUAGAAAAAGAGUGCCAAAAACAGUUUCCGCAGAACUUUUAAAUAGGAGAUGCAGUCUUAGACCAAAAAAAAGAAAUUGUAAAGAAAUGGAAAGCGAUGAAGAUGUUAAAGAUUAUUAUUUAGAUAAAAGUUUUAAGAAGAAAGUAAAUAAUUUGGAAACAAUUUUUGAAGAAACAACAAAUGGAAAUGAAAAUUCUUUAUAUAUGAGUGUAAAAAGGUACAAAAGGAUGAUCCAGUUUCAACAGCAACCCAAUAAUUCUAAAUUGCAAAAGAGAAGAACUAAAAUUAAAAAAGUGUUUGGAUCAAAGAUUAAUUUUAGACAUAGAUCAAUGCAAGAAUUACUUAAUAAGUUAAAUUACAUCAAAUCUAAUUCACCAGUGAAUUCUGAAAGUGAAACAAAGUGAUUGUUAUUCUGUAAGUGUUUAGUAGUGCUAUAUUUGUUUAUACUAUUUUUAUAAACAUUAAUGACAUGUGAAUUUAUAUAUCUUAAAAAAUAUAAUAUUAAGAAGUAUUUUAUGUGGAAUCAAUACAAUUUUUAAAAUUAUACAUAUCUAAUAUUUGGUAUCUAUAUUCUAAUAUUAGUCAAAACACUUGAAAUAUAUGUUUCAUAUAUAUUAUAGUGUUUGUAAUCUCAAAAUUACUAAACACUCGAUAGUAAUGACUGACAUGUUGUUCUAUAAUUCUAUAUAAGACUUUAUAUUGGUAUCAUAUGAACAUAUAUUAAGUCGAUAUAAUGACGACAACUCACAUUAAUUAAUUGUUUGUACACUUAUAAGCUAUUAGUAUAUUGGAUAAUAUCAAACGAUAAAAAGAACUUUUUGCUACCAUAAUAAUAUUUUGCGAAAUAUUAUAGUUUCUAUAUUAUUUUCGUAUGAGUCAUUUCAUAGUA